AUUCAUUGAAGAAUCAAAAAGGCAUUUCCUUUACCAGGAAAAAAAACCGGAACUUCUGGAAUUCCAUUUGGCUUUAGAACUACGUUACUUUCUCUCCACUACUACUUUCUCUUUCUUCCAAGUCUUAACCUUUCUCACUCAUCACUUCUUAUUCUUCUUCUUCUUUUCCCGUCAAAUUCAUCGGCUACCUCGCGCCUUCCAGUAAACAUGGAUGGCGGUUUCGAUCGCGGUCGAGGUCGAGGAAGCCCACGAGGCGCUCCGAACCGCUCAGGUGGACGACAAUUUAUGGGCUCCGGCGCUCAAUCUCACCGUCGUCAUGAUCCCCAACAAAGAGUGUAUUCACGUGUAAGGAGAGAGAAAUUUCAAGCUGUGUAUGUUGCAAAAACUCAGGAAGGUCAAAAUUCAUCAGAGGCAGUGAAUGGCGUCUCAGAAGUUAAUUCUGUGAUUGCUUCUGAUUUGCCCCACAAUGGGAAUAGUCCUCCAUUGACUUCUCCUCUUGGGCCUUCUUUAUCUACGGGUGAAGAAAAAACCCAGAUUGAAAUAAGCCAACAAGUUGAGAAUUGUUUGCCUCCGAAACAUGGUGAUGAGGAUGUGCCUUUGUCGAUUAAGAGUCUGAAAACUCCAGCAAGUGACCGAAAGUUUGAGAAUUCUGAGAGCUCAGAAGUUUUUGAACCUUUUGAUAUAUGCCUGCCCAAAACAAGCGCUGUCAAGUUAAAACCUUCUCUGCUUGCUACGAAUCGAGAAAGACGGAACGAAACAAAACGCACCACAGAAGGUCUAAAUGGGAGGAUUUUAAGACCUGGCAUGGUUCUUCUCAAGAGUUACAUUUCUAUAAGUACUCAGACCAAAAUAGUGAAGCGAUGCCGUCACUUGGGAUUAGGCCCUGGAGGUUUCUACCAACCCGGCUACCGUGAUGGAGCAAAACUGCAUUUAAAUAUGAUGUGCCUUGGUAAAAAUUGGGACCCCCAAACAAGCAAAUAUGGUGAUUACCGGCCAACUGAUGGUGCUAAACCACCCCCUAUUCCUAAGGAGUUCUAUGAGUUGGUUAUGAAAGCAAUCGAGGAUUCCCAUGUCCUUAUAAGGAAAGAAUCUGAAGCUGGUAAUGCAGAACAAAUACUUCCCCGGAUGACACCAGACAUUUGUUUAGUAAACUUUUAUUCAACAAAUGGUCGACUAGGCCUUCAUCAGGAUCGUGAUGAAAGUCAUGAAAGUAUAAGAAAAGGAUUACCUGUUGUCUCCUUUUCCAUUGGAGAUGCUGCAGAUUUUAAGUACGGUGAUCAAAGGGACGUCGACACGGCAAAGGAGGUUAUGCUGGAAUCAGGAGAUGUAUUGAUAUUCGGCGGGGACGCUAGAUAUGUUUUUCACGGUGUUACUACUAUCCACACAAACACCGCCCCUAAAACCCUACUGGAGCAAACAGAUCUCCGCCCUGGCCGGGUGAACCUUACUUUUAGACAGUAUUGAAAAUCCACGUCUUGUUAUUACUUUUUCUAGCAGUGCUUGAAAACAGGUUGUUGAUGGAAAGGGUUCAGUAGAACCGUUUUUUGUACUUUUUGUACACGUCUAGUUUUACUUCAUCUCCAGUUAUGUAAUUGACAGUUUAUGUUCAUAUUAAGGUGGGCUUGUUUAUAGUCUUAGCUCUCUCUCUCUAAAGAAGGUAAUUUUAAGACGGAUCAUCCUGGGUUUUUUUUUUUUUUUUUUGAUAAGGAUUAUGAGUAUUACAGCUCUUUGGUUGUUACUUGUUAGAAAGUAUAA